CUUAAAUUAGAAAUUGCAACUUGCACAAGUUACAACAAAAUACCAUGUUGUGUUUUAAUAUGCCAAAAAAUUUGAUAAAAUACACUAUGUGUUUACAGUGCUCAAUAAUUCUCUUUCAGUUGUUCUCAAUAGAAAUCAAUAAUAAAUUGGUCUUCUAUUCCAUCAUGAACUUUGUUCUUAAUGUAGCCCAAAACUGAAAAUAUUUUUUCAACACUUGCACUUGCAACCGCUAAAAUCAAUACGAGUUUGACAAAUAAAUAAACCGAUGAUUACGAUGAAUUCACUUUUCUCAUCAUCAUUAACUAAUUUAAUUCAUCAAUUCCUUUCAAUCCAAGAUAUAACUCUCAUAAUUCUUGACACUAUGAUAAUAAUUCUCAAAGUAUCGUAGAAGAAAUGAGUCAUAAAGAUUAUCAAAAUAGUUAGGAUAAAAUUAAGGGUUAUUAGCUUCUCUUUGUCAAAAGCAACACACUCAUUCUAUGAACUAAAACAAGUCAUACAAGUCAACAACCUAGUUUUCACCUCAUGAAAGCAUAAUUGAAUUCUUGCAGUUGCAUAUCAAGAAUAGAGUAGAACAUUUCAACCUGAUAGUGAUGCAAAAUUAGCCAUAUAACUUGAAUUUACUAAUUUGUAGACCUAAAAAGUCAAUAUAUAAAGUUGGCAUAUUGGGAAUUUAAUUUCAGAGUUUUGAAGAUUAAAUGUUGAAAUUAGGAUUUAAUUGGAUUUUAUUUUAUAUUAUAAUUAUAUUUAUGUUUUAAGGGCACCAAUUGGUUUGUAGCAUAAUGAUUAAAAAAAUUUCUAAUAUUUAUAGUGGUAUGAGUUUGAAUAACAAAGACUAUGGCCUUUUACAUUCCUUCAAAAUUCAAACUACAAUGAGUAGAUCCUCAAAUUGUAGGGGGUCUUAUGAUCCACCAGACCACCACUAUUCUAAACUCAAAUUAGUAUUGGGGUCAUUAAUUUUUUUCCAAAUUUUAGGAAUAUCUUGGUAUACUCUUAAAAGUAGGGCUCGGAAUCCAGCCCCGAUUUUCUGGUCAAACUGGAAACCGACUAGCUUAAACCAUCUCGAUUGUGACCGAAAACCGGAUUCUAAUCAAUCCAAUCCAAUUUGCGAUUGUAGUGUGCACAAGCCCGUUCAAAUCCGGUUAAAACCAAAAAACUAAAUUAAAAAAAUACUCCAGCCCAGCCUAGCCACCUCGCUCAACCCACCCCAACCCAUUACCGCCCUCACUCUCAGGCUACCCCCAACCCACCUCACACCGCAACCCAACUCCCAUCCCCUCUCAAAAUCCUAAUUGACUCAAAUCUCCUCUCUGCUCUCGCCUUCUCUAACACCAAACUUUCUCUUUCUUGAAUCCUGACCCACCCAGUACCCACCUCCUAUCUCUCGUACCUAUGAUUACACACACAAGAGAGAAAAAUAAUAAGAAGUUUUUCCUGCCGGACGCCGAAAAAUCUCCUCCCUCCACCCCUUCAUGUGACUCCUAUCGGUGACCACCUGAGAGCCUACCAUCGCCACUUCGUUCGGCCAUCAUCUGCUCCAAAUCACAUCCCUACGAAGGCGGUGACGACGAGUCGUCUCUUAGGCCUUAGCAUAGUUGAGUGGAGGAAUCGGGAACGGAGGAGAGGGAGGUCGUGGUCGGUGAGGGAGGCCGAGAAGAUUUAUAAUGUUUGUCAGACUACUACUGUCGUAAAUAUAUAUUUUUUUUUGGGUAAAUAACCAGUGGAUUAAAAUUAUCAUGGAUUUAGACAAACAAGUUAUUUUGGCUCAAUUAACUCACCAUUAGUUGAUUGGGUCAAAACAACUCGUUAAAAUCAUGCAUCCAAAUGACUUAUAGCAUAUAGGUGAUUUUUUCUUCUAAUUUAUAGGUUAGGUAAAUCGCGUAAAGAUUUCUGCUUACAAAUAUUUUGACAAGAGUACUUCUGUAAUAAAUGUGAUUUUCUUUAUAAACAACUAUGGGUUAAAAUGAUCAUCGAUUUAGACAAUAUUCCAUAGUUAGUAAAAUACGGUACGGGAAAGUUACGUAUAAUAUACGGAUGGGUAUUUUACUUCGUCUCUAUGCUAAUGUUACGUUUAAUAGUACGUUAAUUGUCAUAAAUAUAGAAAAUUAAUUAUUUUAAAAAUAAAUUAAUUAAUUAAUAAUAGUAAAGUUAAUACUUGAAUUCAUUAAAUACGGAUAUUAAACAUGUUAUACGGGUUUUAUACGUGUUUAAUACGGGAGCCAUCAAAUGAACGGACAAAAAUGAAACGGCUUGACAAUAUUACGGAUACGAAAGUUUUAAAAGGAUAAAGUACGUACUGGUACAUAUACGUGUAUUAAAUGGAGUAUUUACUAACUAUGCAAUAUUCUCACACUUUCACCAUAAAAAUUCAAAACCAAGUUAUGAAAUGCAGUUCCGGCCACCAACAACAAAUUUAAUCGGAGUUAAAAUUACUAUCAAAACAGUGGGGGGGGGGGGGGGGGGGGGGGGGGGGGGGGGGGGGGGAAAUAACGCAAUGUAUAUCAUUCAAUAAAAAGCACGUCACUUUCUACAACGACAACAGAAAAUUGCAGGUCCCGCGUUUCCAGUAUGCAUGCCGAAUUCCGCCAUCUCAAUGAAAAGGUCAGGAAGGUCAAAAGCUAAAGGCCAAGGCAACGCAAGUUCUGGAAUUAACCCCAGGCAAUGAAUUCUGUCCCUCCCAUUUUGCCCCCAAGUGGCUCACAAUCAGCUGCUCUUAACUCUGAGCGCAACAAUCCCAGGUUUUGCGACUUGGCAGCCUACUGGAAAUGGAAUUCGUCAGCCACUGACUGGGCUGGGGCUGGCAGCGUCGAUUGAGAUGGCUUAUUAAUUUCAUCCCAAUGGCGUUGCAUAAUUUGGAUCCAUCAGCACACUACAUCAGAUAGUCCAGCUCGGUCUUGGAUUCAGGUGUUUGGAAUCGGGGCACCACUCCAACUCCAAACAUUUUGUUAUUUCUAAUUAUUUCUUUCUUCCAUGUAUAUUUACUCAUAAUAAACCACCCGGAUUGCACCCAAAAAAAAAAAAAAAAAAACCAACCGGCAUAUUAUUAUAGUUUUUUUUUUCAUUAGGAAAUCAGGCAUAUAAUAUAAGAGUACACUAUUAAGGAUGAUUUAAUUGGGUUAACUGUCAGUAUUGGUGCUAUUAGGCCACUUUUAUAUAGGCUUCGCCGAUUGAUGUUCAGACUUGAAUUUAGGUGUAUUCAUUUAAAAAAAAUAUAUAAAUACGCAUUUUACAUUUGUAACAAGAAUUGAGUCUUUGUCAUCACAAACAAAAGAAUUGAGUUUGUGGAGUGGGGAGAUACACCUAGGGUUGGCUAUUUGGUUCGAGCUUUUUGUGGUUUUAAACGAAAUCGGACUGUAUAACUUAGACCGAGACUGGAUUGGGACCGGAUAGCAAACAAUUCAAUCUCAUCUUCGGACUUAGAUUUGUGGUAAAAAAACCGUUCGGGACAGGACCGAAAAACGGAUAAGAGAGCCCAACACCCAAAAUUCAACCAACUCCUCACCUUUUCAAGACUCAGACCACUCAAAUCCCCACAAGGUCAAUCUAAAAUCAAGACCGAAUUGGGACCGGAAGGUUCAAGACCGGACUGUAUCCAAUAAAAUCUUUGGUCCUUAUAUUCUCGAAAAGACUAGAUCGGGACCGGAUCAAUUCGGGCCAAAUUUCCCGGACCGGACCAUAUAGCCACCCCUAGAUACACCUAUGUCACUUUAAAAUGGUGAGCUCGAUUUAUUGAAUAUACAUAAAUAGGGAUUUUUUUUACCAAAACUCUCCUGAUUGUAGGACUGGAAAGAUAGACCAGACCAUUUUGAAAAACCAUGGUCCAAACCGGACCGCAUAGUUUGGUCUGGAUGUAAACCGUUAAGUAUGGUCUGGUCUGGUCUGGUCCAUGAUCUUUACUAAUGAUGUUUUUAUCUCUUGGUCAGGUCUGGUCUAGACCGCGAUUUACCUAACAAAACCACAGACCCAACGACUUCUCAACACGUGUUUGCAACCCACUCAACCACUUUCGCAACUCCCACAACGAUACCCAAGUCUCAAUCUUAAUUUUGAGCAUCUCGUCCCCUUCUUCAUUCACAACCACAUUUCACCAGAGAGUAGAGACGAUCGUGUCUCCAUAUGAUAUUAUGUAAAUGUUUAUAACGUUAUAGUGCAAGUUGGGAUGCUUUGAGUUUGUAUCUUUAUUAUUUACUGAGAUUUAUGGUGUCAAAAUUAUUCAUGCAUGUUGAAAUUUAUGUUUAAAGGCAAAAAAAAAUAUUUGGCUAUUGGUUCAAUUUUUUGUAUAGUUGACUAAUCAAAUUGUUCAUUUUUCGUCCAUUGUGGUUGAUAGACCGUUAAUUACACAUGUUAUUACCCCUAUUCUUGAGCCGUUUGAGAUGUUGAUUCUCGUGUUUUAGGCCGAUUUCAUGGUAGGUUGUGCUUGUUUGUGAUAUUUCAGGUCCAAGUACGUGAAUGAAGGUUUGGGAACGAGUUUGGGGUCGAUUGGACGAGGUUUGGACGUUUGGCGAGAAGCUGAGAAGCCACACGGGCAUGCCUAAAAGCCACACGGCCGUGUAAGGGAACCCACGUGGCCGUGUGGAAAUUCCAGGGAACUCACACGGGCAGCCUGGAAAUCCAAACGACCGUGUGUUUGUGGACGUGUAGGAUGGUUGAAGGCACUUAAUCGAAACGCCGCGUUUUGCACAACUCACACGGGCAGCUGGGAAAGCCACACGACCGUGUGGUUGGGAUUUUCUGGGUUUUAACCCAAAUUCGAGCAAAAAGAGAGGGGAUCGACUUUUCAGAUAAAAAACAGAGUCCUAGAGAGAGAAAGUGCGAAGAACAUCUCCUAAGAGUGGUUUUCGAGCUGGGUUUCAUCAAUCAAGUUUGGAAAUCAUCCUUGGAGUGAAGAUUGACAUCCCAUAGCAGAUUCUUCCCAUCUUGAUGAGUAUGACUGCUUUGUUUGCUAUUUUCCUCUCUCUCUCUCUAUGGAGUAGAACCCUCUUUCACUUGGGUAUGAAGAACCCUAGUUCCAUGUGUUAGGGAUCUUGAUUUUAAUGACUUGAAAUUGUUAUACUGUUUGGUUUUAAUCGAAUGAUGCAUGAUUCAUUGAAUCAAUUGUAGUCUGAUCAUCUUUUCUUGAUUUCUGUUGCAACCUGAGAUAGAUAGAAUCUGAUUAGGUUGUUAGAGUUUCAUCAUUCGGUAGUGGUAGAUUGGUUAUACAAGAGUUAAUCAAUCUACUACUUUGUACUAGAACCCAAUUCCAGAAGUGGAGUUCUUUGUUCUUAGCCUCAGUUUUCUAUCCCGGUGGAGACUAGUCGUCUGCCGGGUAGUUGGACUGAGAGGGCUUGGUCAGCUUAAGAGAUUCCAAGCUACUGUCGGAUCUUCCGCAGUUUAAUCAACAGUAAAUCAACCCAGGUUAAUUACAACUGAGACCUAACUAAGGAGCUAGGGGGACUCAUUCCCGAGUGACUCUUCCUUUGCUUUAGAAAACCGAAUCAAUUCCUGCUUUCUUACUGCUUUUAGCUAAAACCACAACCAAUCGACUUAGUUUGCUAGAUAACAAAUAUACACGGAGUAGGCAGUAGAUCUAGACCCCGGGUUGAUAAUUAGAACUUGCCACUGUACUGCAUUUCUGGACUGCGAUUACACUUGGUCGCAGUUUGGUGUUGUGUCGUAGCGUGUCAAGUUUUUGGCGCCGUUGCCGGGGAACCUCUAGGUUAUUGUAGAAACGUGAAAGUCUGUUACUUUAGCUUUUUUUCUUUUCUUUUCCACCCUUGCUUUUCACUUGGGUGUUAUGUUUUUGUUGGUGCAGAUCUAAAACAUGGAUUCUCAUGGCUUCCCCAACCAUUGGGGGUAUCAACCACCAUCAGUGUGGUAUUACCCAAUACUUCCUUGAGCAAUCAAGGAGGAGAAGACUAUGGAUUCGGAUGUCAGUACCAACCCCCUACUACGGAGAACAACCAAACCCUUGGGAACCUCAAGAACAAUAUCAUUUUGAAGAAGAGUUCCUGCCACAACCAGAGGGGCCAUCUGAGUUGGAGUUCGCCAUGGAGGACAUCACGGGACACUCUGCAGAGCCAUGCUACACUACACUGGAAGAUUCGAACAAACAAUUAAGGCUUCUCGUGGAGCAGUUUGCUCGAGACACUAAGAGAUCAUGCUCCAAGAUGGAUCUUCAAAUCAAAGCCCUUGCCCCUUCCGAUCCCUCAUUUAUCCAUGAAAUGGAGAAGACUGUUCAGUUCUCAGCGAAGCAAACAGAGUGGGUGGAGUAAGUUAGGGAUGGCAAUGGGUCGGGUCGGGGACGGAUAGUGCAUAUCCGUUACCCUACCCAAAGUAGCUCGGGUUUUACCCAUACCCAUACCCACAUAUGAAACGGGUAGAAAAUUAAAACCAUGCCCAUACCCGUUCGGGUUUCGGGUAUCCACGGUUAUCCAUGGGUAAUGAUUUCUCUUCAUAACUCCAACUAAUAUAUUAACAUUCACACGUAUUCUCACAUUACGCAAGAGGAAAAGUAUGACAAUAAUUCACUAGAAUGAAGAAAAUUAAUUAAA